AAAAGAAAAGAAAAAAAAAAAGAAAAGGGGUGUGCAAAUCGACAGAAGGAAGAAAUCAACAUAAAUGGAAAGAAGAUAAAAUUUCUCUCUAGGGUUUUAAAAUUUUGUUAAUUCCAAACGACAUUCUUGCUAAUUCCCGAUGUUUGGAGGAAUAAAUCAGGUUUGGUCGUUUGCUAGUUUCCAGAUCAAGAGAGUAUCAUCUUCAUUUUGAAUUAUCCUUCGUCUUUUCUGGUUCUUCAUCGAGGUUUGAUGUUGAAGCACGACACGAAAACUGGAUAGGGAUUUCUUCUUGUAUACCGAGCUAGGGUUUCAUCAUGUUUUUCAAUUUGUCUGUAUGGAAUGAGUAUUUGUUGAUCUGGAGAGACAGCUGGGUGUUGUUUUGAACUUUGGAGAGUAUUUGAAGGAGUUCAUUUUUAUUUAUUUUUUAAAUAGGAUCUUUACUUUGAAGGAAGCCAUUUUUUUAAGUUUCACGUGGUUUCAAUUGGGUAAUGUUGGUGGUGGUUAAAGUUUGAUGCCUGUGGAAUUAUGGAGUCGUCUGCAAUUAUGGCAUUGCCUUCAAGUAAAAUGGAAUGCUCUAAUUGUGGUUGUAGUUGUUCACUAAUUAACAACUUAGCUGCUUGUUCUACUUGGAAUCGUACUGUUAAGAGAAAAAUAGAUGAGAUUGAACUAGGUAGAAGAGAUGGGCAACAUGAUUCUGAAUUUGAUGUGGUUGCUAGAGUUGAAGUUGAGAAUGAAUGUGAUGCGUUAAGAGAGGCUCUAAGUAGCCAGCAAGAAAGCAUACAGGAGCUUUACAUUGAAUUGGAAGAAGAGAGAAAUGCUUCGGCGUCAGCAGCAAAUGAGGCUAUGUCCAUGAUACUUAGAUUGCAAAGGGAAAAGGCUGAGGUCACCAUGGAAGCUCGGCAAUUCAAACGGUACGCUGAGGAGAAAAUUGCGCAUGAUCAGCAGGAGAUUCUUGCUCUUGAAGACAUGGUGUUUAAGAGAGAAGAAGUUAUUCAAUCUCUUAGUUGUGAGGUGCAGAUGUAUAAACACAGGAUGAUGAGUUAUGGACUCACAGAGGAUGAGGCAGAAGGUUCAAAGGGUUUUUAUGAUUCUAGACAGGAGGACACGGUUGAGAACACUGAUGCAGAGUUUGAAAUACCUCCAUAUGAUUAUCCUCCCCUUAGAUGCAACAUGAAUGUGGCUCACGAAGGUCCUUCUGAUUUUGGGGAUGUUGCGGAUGUUGAGAAGUACGCCCCUGCUGAAAACCCAUUCGCCACUUUCGGUGAUACUCCUCGUUCCAAUUUCAGUGACACCCCACGAGUCAUUUUUGGGGAAACCCCUAAAAGCAGCACCAAGGUUGUUUUAGAAAAAGUAGUAGUUGGGCAAUCCCCAAGGCGAACAAGACACGUUAGGAAGUCAUCAAUGGAAAGUUCAAGUUCAUUUUCAGGGUUGGUUAAAGAGAUUGGUCCGGAUUAUUACCGUAAAGAAAGUCCAAGGCCUAGUAGCAGCUUUAAAAAGAUGGAUUAUUUCUCUCAAACAGAGGAUUGUUCUAAUUUAAGAAAGGAAGAUAACAUUCCUGACCUUAGAGAUGAUAUGAGCGAUCGAGUCUACACAAUUGAUUCUAUUCAUCUUGGAACACACAAUAACAAUACUGUUGGGUCCAAAAGUACUAUUGGUGUGUACGAUGAGUACGUAACCACUCCAAGAGAUUCAUUGUAUCAGACUGAUAUAGGGGAUCCAGAUAUCAAAAAACUUUACACCAGACUUCAAAUGCUUGAGGCAGACAGGGAAUCAAUGAAACAGGCGAUUAUUUCAAUGCGUACUGAGAAAGCUCAGUUGGUAAUAUUAAAGGAACUAGCUCAGCAGUUAUAUAGAGACAUGUCACCAGAAAGAAAGAUGCCUGUGAGGAAGUCAUCAUUAAUAGGGACCUUCUCCUUCAUGUCAGCGUUGAAGUGGAUUGUUUCCCUUGUUUUCUGGAAAAACAAAGCACAGCGAAGCAAGUACAUGUUUGGCUUGUCUGCAAGUAAUGUGGGUCUAUUAUUGCUUCUUGACAAGAAUCCCCAUAUGAAACAAUGGCGAUGUCUCACAAGAGCCCAAAUGUGAAGAAACUUUCUCAAAGAGUUGCAGUACGCAGGGAUAGAUAUGCAGAGCCAAUGCUCAUUUUGUCUGAUCGUGUGGAUUCUGUUCUGUUUAUGUAUUCCUGUUAGAAAUUUAACUUCUUUUUAUUUUUUGGAGAAACUCCAUGUGGGUGCAGGUUUGGGAGUUCGAUUGGUUUGUGCAGUAUUGUCUUGUAAAUCAUUUCUUACGGUUGAAGAAAAUUUCUUCAUGGGUUUGGUUGGACGGGCAUUGAUUAUUUUUUUAGGUUUUGGGGGCUGUCUAGAUUUAUACCACUAUAACUCUAGGCAUGCCUUUUUGAACAUCCUCGUGUACAUUACAUUCGUCUUAUAUGGUUUUGUACUGUAUCAAAACUGCGGACUUCAACCUCUA